AUGGCCCAAGCUCCUGCAUUCUUUGGCGAUCCGGGGUCUGCUGGGCAAGGUAAGAAGGUAUUUUCGCCUCCCCCGGAUCUUCCUCUUUGGAAUUCCAAGCUGAGCAGCCAGCCCAUUUUCGGUCCCUACCUUACAUGCCUACCAACCAACCAACCAACCAACCAACCUACAGAUAUCGGCGCAACCACCACGAUCCUACCGCUUAGAUCAGCCUCGAAACAUACGGUAGUGGAUUCACGCCACGGACCGUGGCAAGAAGACAGAUUGAGACGGCGGGUUUCCAAUCUGUCAAAUUUCACAUUGGGGCCUGGCAUUCCUGCUGAUGCCUUCACCGCUAAUUGA